AACAGCAUUUCCUUGAAAUCACGUGAUACAGUUGGAGCGUGUACUUGAUUCAAAACCCAUUUAGUCUUCUGUUUCUGUUUUUCCCUUUAGUUGAAAGGCAGACUUCCCUCCUGUGCAUCUAGCUGCAGACAUAGAAUCAUGGGUCGGUUGGCACUUAUAGGAGCUGUUCUGCUGUAUUCUGUUUUUACCUUUGAAAUGGUUGAAGCAGCUGACAGACCCUACUCAGUGCUAAAGACUACAAGUCACACUGUAAUUACCCAUACCACAAGUGGCCAGCCUACAUCACAUGCAUUAUCUACCCAUACGACUGCUGCUCCAAACACAACACAUGUCGUAACUAACAGUACCACAAUGGCACCAAAUACCACAUCUCAUGCAGUUACCAACCAUACUACCAUAACACCAAACACCACAACUCAUGCAGUAACUAACCAUACUACCAUAACACCAAACACCACAACUCAUGCAGUAACUAACCAUACUACCAUAACACCAAACACCACAACUCAUGCAGUAACUAACCAUACUACCAUAACACCAAACACCACAACUCAUGCAACCACUAAACAUACUACAGCCUCCUAUACAACAUCUCCUGUCCCAACUUUAGCACCAAAGCCCUCACCCCCAACAACUGGCAACUACACCGUAAAGAAUGAUAAGGUCACCUGCAUAUUGGCAAUCAUCGGUCUUGAGUUGGAGCUGUAUAAUUCUACAAAGACUCUUGGAUAUUUUAAUAUUGCUCCAGAGCAUACGAGUGCAUCAGGAUCGUGUGGCGAUAAUAAAGCAAAUCUCAAGUUGUCAUUCCCAGAGGGUUUUAUAAAUUUCGGUUUUGUUCAGGAUAAAAGUGGCUACUACAUUGAAGAUGUAAUGGUGUUUUUGAAACUUUCUUCAGAGUCCUGGAACGUUAAUGCAACCAAUAAGAAACUUUUAUACACAGACAAAGGGUACUCUGUUAAGUGCAAGAACACGCCACACGUAAAAGUGGACAGCUCUGUGACACUAGUGAUGACUCAUGUGAAACUCCAAGCUUUUGAUAUUAAAAAUGGAAUGUUUGGUAAAGAAAAGGAAUGCUACCCAGACAUAAACCAAAAGUUAAUCCCGGUGGGUGUGACGCUGGCCAUUGUGGGAUUGAUUCUAAUUAUUCUACUUGUGGCCCUGCUUGCCAGAAGAAGACGAAUUUCAGGAUACCAGCGCAUAUCAGACUUUUAGAAGUUUCUUAACACAUCCAUCCAUAUUUCACCUUUAGACCUUUUCAUCAACUGAAAGAGGAACAAGCUACAUUUUAUGACUUACUUAUCAACCUUUGAAACGUGUA